AUGGCUACCUCGCCGAUCAGCGACGCAGCCAGCCGUUUCGGCAACCCGGCCAGCCCACCACGGCGUCCCCAACACCCAAGCAGCAACAGCCGGCCGUCGGCCUCCCCAAACCGCCGCGAGUCUCCCAGGGCGCCAUCCGGACCGAGAACCACCAUGCCAGACACCUCACCGCCCGGCAUCCCGCUCGACGAUGGGAUUCUCGUCGCCCUGGAGGGGAAAUGCGUCGACGAGUUCGGCAACAUUCUCGACUGGGACGGCACGGUGCUUGGCCGCGCCGAGGGCGACCUGCCUUCCAUGGUGGGCAGACCCGUGGCCAAGGGGGGCAGCAUACUCGACGCGGCUGGCGACCUGGCCGGCCGCGUCGCCGAGGUGUUGCCCCCAGCGCUGACGCCGGAGGGUGAGUCCGGUAGGAAGAAGCUAAAGCGCGACCACCGCGGCAACAUUUACGACCAGUUUGGCAACGUGGUGGGCAGGAUGAGGACGAACAGCGGGGGCGGCAGCAAGGCCACCGGCGUGGACGACGGGGAUCGCGGCGACUCUGGAUUUUCAAGCCGGGGCGAGACGGGCGCGACGGGCGCGAGGCCCGAGGGUGCGGACGAGACUGCGGCGCUGGAUCCGCUGCCGGCGACGCCUAGUCCGUCCGAGAUUUACUUGGACGUCAAGUCUACGCAUGAUGGCAUCCAGCUGGUCAUCAAGAUUCCCACCGUCUUCAACGGCAGGCACGAGACGAUGCAGUGUAAUGUAGAAAGAUGA